AUGAUCAGCAUAGCCGAACGCGGAGUGAAGCUUGGUGAUGCCGUGAGUGUCCGAAACUGCUUCCGGGGGUCGAAGUGGGUCCCUGGAACUAUCAUCCAGGAAGCCGGCCCUCUUUCUGCGCGAGUCGAACUAGAAGAUGGAAUGGUAGUUCGGAGACAUCAAGACCAAUUAAUUUCUCGUACUACAGAGCCUCUUUGCCCCAGUCCAACAGCUCAAAGGGCAGGCUAUAGCAAAGAGGGGAGUGUUGUUCCGGAGGUUGCAUUACCCGAUGUGAAUAGCCCUGAAGUAACCUGUGGGGAGUUGGAGUCACCCACUACACCCGAAGACCCAAGCUUAGUCCCUGCCACCUCGGUGCGAAGAUAUCCAGUAAGGGACCGGAGACCACCACAGCGUUAUUACUGA